GUCCAUGACAUAUGGAGUGCCAAAGGUUUGCCACCACGGGCUUAUGCAAUGAUGGAUCGUUAGAAACUUUUGAGCAAGUUGUUAGAAACUGAAAGGCAUAAUUUCAUUAACCCAAUAUUGACUACAUAUCCUGGAAGAGAAAGGAAAACCCUCAUCUCACUUUUGGUUAAUGGAACCAACAAACAAAUAACAGCAAAUGUAGCCAAAUUUACGGGGGUGCUGUAAAAAUAAAGAAAAAUAUAUGACUAGACCAGAAUUUUAAAGAUAUUAUGGAUUUUUUAAAAUUGUAUUUUAGCUUUACUGAUUUUACGUAAUUUUAGCAUAGAAAUAGAAAUGUAAUCAUAAAUUUUAGGUUAAUAGGGAACUGUUUUACCUUGUAUUGGUUUUAAUAACACUUGUAAUACCAACUAGUUGACUUUGUAUAUGCUGGUCUCUGACUGUGAUUUUUAAAAAAAUUCUACUUGCAGGGAUCACGCUGGCCACGGCCCUCCGGCCCUACAGGAUGACCGCCCGCCAGGUCAAGUACUUCUCCUUCCCAGGGGAGCUGCUCAUGCGCAUGCUCCAGAUGUUGGUGCUCCCACUCAUUGUGUCCAGCCUCAUCACAGGGAUGGCGUCGCUGGACGGCCGGGCCUCUGGGAAGAUGGGCAUGCGUGCCGUUGUCUACUACAUGCUGACCACCCUCAUUGCUGUCUUCAUCGGGAUCGUUAUGGUCCUCAUCGUCCACCCUGGGAAAGGUGGCAAAGGUCGGGGCCCGCAGGAGGCGAGAGUGGAGCAGGUCCACACCAUGGACGCUUUCAUGGACCUCAUCCGGAACAUGUUCCCGCCCAACCUUGUGGAGGCGUGUUUCAGGCAGUAUAAGACCCAGUACAGCGUCAGAGUCGUCAACCGAACCCUUGUGCACCCUGGCAGCACCGUUGUCCCGCCCUACCACGGCAGCGGCUCCUCCCCUCUUCCCCGUCACGAGAACGGCACCAGCAUCUGGCAUAACGUCACCCAGGCCCUGGGCCGCCUCCCGGAGGGGCUGAGCUACGAGGAGGUGAUGCCGGGCCCCGGCUCGGUCAAUGGGGUCAACGCGCUGGGCCUGGUGGUGUUCUCCAUCUGCUUCGGCCUGGUGAUCGGCAGCAUGAAGCAGAAGGGCCAGCCCCUGCGGGAGUUCUUCGACUGCCUCAACGAAGCCAUCUUGCGGAUGGUAGCUGUCAUCAUCUGGUACGCCCCCAUCGGGAUCCUCUUCCUCAUUGCUGGCAAGAUUUUGGAGAUGGAGGACCUGGCGGUGAUGGGGGGCCAGCUCGGCAUGUACACCAUCACCGUGAUUGUGGGGCUGCUGAUCCACGGCCUCUGCGUCUUGCCACUGAUCUACUUCAUCGUCACGCGCAAGAACCCGUGGGUCUUUGUGGGUGGUCUGCUGCAGGCCCUGGUCACAGCCCUGGGCACCUCUUCCAGGUAUCUCCUCCCACGAGGGUCAAGGGGGGAGCUGAGUUCACACUGGUCUGUUGCUGAGCCAGGGCCAGGCGGGCCAGAUGAGCCGCGAGUUGGACGGGACUAG